UUCUAUCAAAUACAUAUGUUGAUACAUAUAUUCUGUCGAUAAUGUUGAAAGUUUGAAACUAAUCCAAACAUUAACAAGAAUUUAGACAGAAAUUGUCAAUAUGAAAUGCUGAACCUAUAAAUCGAACUUAUAAUUUCAAGUGAAAAUGCCGAAAGUAGUUUCAAGAAGUAUAAUAUGUUCCGAUACAAAAGAUCAAGAAGAAUAUAGCGAAGAGAAACCGUUACAUAUUUAUUAUUGCUUAUGUGGGCAGAUGACAUUGAUUUUAGAUUGUGCAAUAGAAAAAUUGCCUUUGAGAAAAAGGGAUGGUGCGCGAGUUAUCGAUGGAAGUAAACAUGCUCACAAGAUGACUUGCGAGCAAGAUGAAAUUGUAUAUUUAAAACGUUCUGAAGGAAUUGAAAAACAAUAUCGACAAAAAUGUAAAAAAUGUGGUCUUUUUCUCUAUUAUAAACAUGACCAAGCAACAAAUGUUGUAUUUAUUGUAAAAGGUGCAGUAAUCAAAAGUUCUGGUGAAGGUCCAAUGACGGAUAUAUAUAAUCAGGUAGCCAUUGAAAAACCAAAGAAAAUAAUGGUAACAAAACACACAAAGAAUAUGGGAAAAUUCAGUUCUGUUACUGUUUCUACAAUUGAUGAAGAAGAAGAUGAAAUUGAGGCAAGAGAAGUUGCUGAUUCAUAUGCUAAUAAUGCACGAAUAAUAGAAAAACAAUUAGAAAGGAAAGGAAUGAAUAAACGGAAAGCUAUGCCACCCCCUGAAGCAGACCCGAAAAGAACGAGACCACGGGGAACAUUGUUAGAUGUGUAAAAUCUAUUUAUAUUAUUGUCAUGUAUAUUUAAAGUUAAAUAUAAAUAUGUAUAAAAAAAGUCA